GUACAGGAAGACGGCCCAAAGUGAGGUGGGGAUAGGAAAUCAUUUAGUUGGUUCGCUACUGGCUGGAGCUAAAUAGCGAGGUGGCGAGAUUACAAAUCAACAACAUAUAUAUUAGUCAUUCUGAUACAUACAACGAUGACCCGCUAACCCCAAGAAUGGACAUAAGUUAAUUAUGACGGGGGAGAAAAAGAAGAAAAAGCGGCUGAACCGCAGCAUUCUUCUUGCAAAGAAAAUUAUAAUAAAAGAUGGAGGCAGCCCCCAGGGAAUUGGUGAGCCCAGUGUUUACCAUGCCGUGGUCGUCAUCUUUCUGGAGUUCUUCGCCUGGGGUCUCCUCACCACCCCAAUGCUCACGGUAUUGCGCCAGACAUUCCCCCAGCACACAUUCCUGAUGAAUGGGCUGAUUCAUGGAGUCAAGGGACUGUUAUCGUUUCUCAGCGCUCCUCUGAUCGGGGCGCUGUCGGACGUGUGGGGCCGAAAGUCCUUCCUGCUGCUCACCGUCUUCUUCACGUGCGCCCCCAUCCCGCUCAUGAAGAUCAGCCCAUGGUGGUACUUUGCGGUGAUCUCCAUGUCAGGCGUCUUCGCCGUCACUUUCUCCGUCAUCUUUGCGUACGUGGCCGACAUCACGCAGGAGCACGAGAGGAGCACGGCUUACGGUUUGGUGUCUGCCACCUUUGCAGCCAGCCUCGUGACCAGCCCUGCCAUCGGGGCCUACCUGUCCGUGACCUACGGCGACACCCUGGUUGUGAUCCUGGCCACGGCCAUCGCCCUGCUGGACAUCUGCUUCAUCUUGGUGGCCGUGCCAGAGUCUCUCCCUGAGAAGAUGAGGCCGGCCUCGUGGGGAGCCCCCAUCUCCUGGGAGCAGGCGGACCCCUUCGCUUCUCUGCGUAAGGUGGGCCAGGACUCCACAGUACUGCUCAUCUGCAUCACCGUGUUCCUCUCCUACCUCCCAGAGGCUGGCCAGUACUCCAGCUUCUUCCUCUAUCUCAGACAGGUGAUACGCUUUACCCCUGAGACAGUGGCUGCCUUCAUUGCGGUGGUCGGGAUACUCUCCAUCUUGGCUCAGACGGUGGUCCUGGGGAUGUUAAUGCGCUCCAUAGGGAACAAAAACACUAUCCUGCUGGGCCUGGGCUUCCAAAUCCUCCAGUUGGCCUGGUACGGCUUCGGCUCCCAGCACUGGAUGAUGUGGGCGGCUGGCGCGGUGGCGGCCAUGUCCAGCAUCACCUUCCCCGCCAUCAGCGCCAUCGUGUCCCGCAACGCCGAACCCGACCAACAAGGUGUGGUCCAAGGGAUGAUCACAGGGAUCAGGGGUCUGUGUAACGGUCUGGGCCCGGCGCUGUACGGCUUCGUGUUCUACCUGUUCCACGUGGAGCUGACCGAUGAUGACAACAAAGUCAUAGACGGCAAGAUGAACAUGGCCAACCCCACUGACGAGAGCGCCAUCAUCCCAGGCCCGCCGUUCCUGUUCGGCGCCUGCUCGGUGCUGCUCUCCCUGCUGGUGGCGCUGUUCAUCCCGGAGCAAACGGGGCCCGGCAUGAGACCCGGGGCCUACAAGAAGCACAGCAACGGGGCCCAGAGCCACUCGCACAGCCCGCAGGGCAGCGGUGCAGAGGGCAAGGAGCCCCUUCUGGAGGACAGCAGCGUAUAGCCCCAGCUACCAGGGAGGGGGGGGGGGCUCAGAGGACGCUCGCACCCGCUCCCCCACUAUCUUCCCUCCCCACCACGCAUGAUUGGAUGCCACCCAUUGUCCUCGUGAAGCCUCCUUUCAUGCCCUCUGGUGCACUGUAGAACCAAAGUGCCAGUGGAGGUUCCCGGAGGGCUGGGUGUGUGUGCAGGUGAAAUCCGUGGCACAAUUCCUGGACCCCGCCCCGCCCACACAUUUUGUAGUGGCCUGUAUUUAUAGCAAGGUGGCAUGGAGUUAUGUUGGCAGAGAAGAUUGACCUUUUUUUUUUGUGUGCGUGUGUGUGCAUUUGUUUAUGUGUGUGUGUGUGUGUGUGUGUGUGUGUGUGUUUUUUGUGAGAGAGUAAAGGAUGUUUUGCCGAGCUGGACUCUUUAGUUUCCGUCAGGGUAAAGCAGUGCACGUAACCGCCCCAUAUAAGUCCCGUAGUUGAGGUUGUGAUGUGCCGACCAAAAUCCCAGCUGUGAGAUCCUUCUUGUUCUCUGUAUUAUAGCCUCCUGAGAGGAGAACGGUGCCCCUUGUGUCCAAUAAGAGUAUAACAGUUAGUUGAGCACUUGUUCCCUCUUGGCCAUUCAAAUGCUAACUGGUGUAGUGGUGCCUUUCAGUUGGGACUACAGCCACUUUUGAACUGUGAGCUGAGGAAAACUUCAAAGUUCAUACAGCAGGGGGCGCCUGAGGGCGGACGAUGAGUCUCCGUAUUAGAGCAAGAAGACGCCACCUUAUCUACAACGGGUUGAAUCGGCCAGUGCAGGAGGCAAAAUGCUUCGGUUUCUCUCCCUCCCAUCCCCAUUGAUUUUAGGCUUUUAGUCAACUGAGAAAUGUCCUCCUUACGGUCUAAUGAAGCUCUCCUCCACACAGAAGCAUUGUCCGUCUAGAUCAGCAGUACAGUUUGGGUGGUAUAUUUUUCCUCGCUCUUUUUUUUAAA